GAAGGAUUUCCAGACUGGGGGCCGGGCUAACCAUGGCCGAGGGCGGGGAGAAGGCGGAGUUCUGCCUCACGGCCCUCUAUAUAAGAGGGCAGUGGCAGCGGCUGCGCGGUGAUACUGACCUUCAGUGUGUCAGUUCCAGCGCCAUGGCGCCCUCCAGGAAGUUCUUCGUCGGGGGGAACUGGAAGAUGAAUGGGCGGAAGAAAAACCUGGGGGAACUCAUCACCACUCUGAACGCGGCCAAGGUGCCGGCCGACACCGAAGUGGUUUGUGCACCCCCCACCGCCUACAUCGACUUUGCCAGGCAGAAGCUAGAUCCCAAGAUUGCUGUGGCUGCGCAGAACUGCUACAAAGUGACUAAUGGAGCCUUUACUGGGGAGAUCAGCCCUGGCAUGAUCAAAGACUGUGGAGCCACUUGGGUAGUCCUGGGGCACUCGGAGAGAAGGCAUGUCUUUGGGGAGUCUGACGAGCUGAUUGGACAGAAAGUGGCCCACGCCCUGGCAGAGGGACUUGGAGUAAUCGCUUGCAUCGGGGAGAAGCUAGAUGAGAGGGAAGCUGGCAUCACUGAGAAGGUCGUUUUCGAGCAAACCAAGGUCAUCGCAGAUAAUGUCAAGGACUGGAGCAAGGUUGUCCUGGCCUAUGAGCCUGUAUGGGCCAUUGGUACUGGCAAGACUGCAACACCCCAACAGGCCCAGGAAGUACAUGAAAAGCUCCGGGGAUGGCUUAAGUCCAAUGUCUCUGACGCGGUGGCUCAGAGCACCCGUAUCAUCUAUGGAGGUUCUGUGACUGGGGCAACCUGCAAGGAACUGGCAAGCCAGCCUGAUGUGGAUGGCUUCCUCGUGGGCGGGGCUUCCCUCAAGCCUGAGUUUGUGGAUAUCAUCAAUGCCAAACAAUAAGCCCAUCCGUCUCCCCUCCUCUUCCUGCUAAGCCAGGGACUAGGUAGCUCAGAAGCCCAGUGACUGUGCUCCUAUCCCCCCACACACAUGCCCACCCCGCACAUGCUUCUGAUGGUGUCACCUGCUCCCCUCGUGGCCAAACUAUACCUCUUCCUUACUGUUUACACCUUACCCUGUAAUGGUUGGGACCAGGCCAAUCCCUUCUCCACUGACUAUAGUGGUUGGAACUAAACAGGUCACCAAGGUGGCUCCUCCUUGGCUGAGAGGUGGAAGGGGUGGAAUUUGCUCAUGGGUCCCCAAGUGAGGGCAGGAGAGAGAAGCCAUCCUCGUCUCCCAUCUCCCACCAUGAGGCCAAGGGCUGAGAGAAAGUCCUGUUCUCCCCUCAGAGGCCAGGGGUGCUGUUCUCUCCCAUGGUGCCAACGCCUGUGUGUGUUGUAUAUGUGAGCAGUCCCACGUGUGGGGGAAAUAAACACCUGGCACUAA